CUGCUAACGUCUGAUUCCAUUUCAAACGUUUGCGGUCAAAAUAAGAAUAUUGAAAAACUGUAAUACUAACGGUCAACCACACAUAUUCAACAUGUACAAAAUCGUAUUUCUCGUGGCAGUGUUCGCCUUUGCGAUUCAAGGAGCAUUCAGCGUCCCCGCGACCGACAGUAGCAUGGUAAAUAUUGCGAUAUUAUCAUUAUAUCAUUAAAUUGUUCCCAAUUCUGUAUUCAACCAAGAAUCUGGUUAAAAAUUUAGUGUGCAUUUUUCGAAAAAAAAAAAAAAUGUAAUAAAAAAUAAUGUAAAAUGUAAAAUGUAAAAAAAAAUGUAUAGUUGGUUUUCAAGAACGGUUUUUUUUAAUUUUUCGGAUAGUUUUUUAUAUGACUGGGGAAACUAGAGAAAUUGAUGUUUAAUGAAAAAUGAUUUAAGAAGACGUUAUACCAGCAUUUACUCUCUCAGUCCAACUACCUGGUAACAUGUAAAAACAAUGCUUACGGAGAAGACGUAAAACUAUCUUAAUUUUUAUUUUAGUGGAAAAUAUUUUGGACGGCAUGUCAUAAGUAUUUUUUGGAUAACUAAAUAUUAAAAAAUCAAGAGUUAAUAAAAAAAAAAUAGUUUUUUUUUUUGUUUGAUAUCGAGCUGUAUAUUGAACAAAAUACAAAAUCCCCAUGAUAUUUUUUUUAAAAACUGUAUUGAGCAAGUUUUAUGUACUCUGCGUAAGCUUUGUUUUUGCACGUUACCCGGUAUACUAUGACUGAGACAGCUAGUAGAUGCGGGAAUGAAUUGAUCUGAGUAUUAAAUAUUUUUUUUCAAGACCUUUUGCUAUCAAAAAAUAAAUGUGGUAAAUUUCUUUCUGCUUGUAGUUGGCGAAAUGUCGUAAACUAAAAAUUUAUUGCAAAUACCUACCCAUCGCAGUGGAUUUAGAUGGUGCACCGGCCGCUAUCGAUGAACAAUCCGUGGGUCAAGAUAUCGAGCUUCCUUUAAAUGCUGAACCGGCCGCUAUCGAUGAACAAUCGGCAGGACAAGAUAUCGAGCUUCCUUUAAAUGCUGAACCGGCCGCUAUCGAUGAACAAUCGGCGGGACAAGAUAUCGAGCUUCCUUUAAAUGCUGAACCGGCCGCUAUCGAUGAACAAUCGGCGGGACAAGAUAUCGAUCUGCCUUUAAAAGUUACACCGGCUGCUAUCGAAAAACAAACGGCGGGACAAGAUAUCGAGCUUCCUUUAAAUGCUGAUCCAGCUGUUAUUCAAGAACAAACGGCGGGAAAAGCGAUCGAAAUCCCUGUAUAAAUGAACCAAAACACAAAAUUAUUUUAUACGCAUUUUAAUUAUCUAUAUCAUAAAUGUGCUUAAUUUCGUUAUCAUACAAAGUUUUUGUACUUCAGACGUCUGUAAUAUAAUUAUUUUUAUAGGUAAUAUUGUAUUAAUUUUUUGGUAAACGAUUUUUAUUAGUUACCUCAAAGAUCUACUUUAAUAAACAUGUAACUAUAAUAACG